CCGACGCCAGAAGCAUCCGAGACACCGCCGCUCCUCGCGCAGCUGCGGCAGGCACACCGCAGCAUCGAAACGACGCAAGGUUAUCGGGCGAUUUGACAGUGACGAGAAGACGUACAGUGGUUGGAUAAAUGUUGUUUUGUGGACGUUUGAGUAAGUGACAGUGCGCGAUAGGUUUUCGAGCGGGUGGAAGAAGCCUCUGGAUUUACAAGAUCCGGAGUCGCCUGAACUCUGGACGUACAACGAUUGUCAGGCCCCGACGGGAAGUGAAACUGGUCCCCCGAAUGAUCGCGGUCAUGGCCACGGUGUGCGUAAUCAAAGUGUGACAGUGUGCGGGAUAGAGAGGAUAAUAAUUUUGUAGUUGAGUGGUUUUCUUCGGUGGUUGAAUAACGAAUGACCCUCGCAACGGCAAGGCCAAGGGUAGUAUAGGAGAUGAGGCCCCGUCAGGACACUCGCUGAGCACGGGACAAAGGGGGUCUCAGCAGGAGCAAGGCUGCCGAGUUAACCUGGCCGCGACACGUACAAUGAUGCCACUCGCGCCGACGCCGAUAGUCGCGGUGCCCUCGAAGCCGAAGAUCGGUUUCAGCAUCGACUCGAUAGUCGGCGGGGGCCGCGAGGACCGGCUUAACAGGGUCGCGGAUCACCUGGAACGCGAUGGAAGUCCGAUGGAGGUCGAGGGGUCCUCCUCGCCGGGCCCGAUGCGGGGCCGCCAGGCCUCGCUGCAGUCCCCCGGGGGGCACUCGGAGGGUUCGGACAGGCCUGGGUCAAGGAGUUCCUCGGUCGAGUCGUAUCCCACGGCGAGGCACACGCCCGCGCACAACGGGCACCCCUUGGGCCUGACCCACCACCUCCAGGAGUUCAACCGCACCACGUCCCACAGCCACAGCGGCGGCUCGACGCCGAACAACAGUCCCAGCCCCCCGCACCGGAUAUCCCGCGACUCCCCCGUCGGUGGGCACCCCCAACCACCACCCGGGGUCGUAAGGCCCAGUCCCAACUACCUCGCGCCGCCUCCGAGCGCCGCCGCCGCCGCCGUCGCCGCAGCCGAGCAGCUCAAAACCCUUUACGGUCUUCCUGGACAUCCCCCGGGAGCCACGCAGCCCGGGCAGACCGAGUACCACUCCCAGCAACUCGCCCUCGCUGCCAACCUCGCCGCCGCUCAGCACUUUCAGGCUGCGAACCUAGCCGUCGCCCUCCAGGCCCACCACGGCGCCUCGCCCCACGGACCCCCCCAUGGGCCUUAUCCUCACCCCGGACCCCCCGGCGGGCCACACCCACCGCCGCAUCCCCAUCAGCCGCCCAGAGACAGCUACCCCCUUUAUCCAUGGCUAUUAUCCAGGCACGGGAGGAUCUUCCCUCACAGGUUUCCCGGCGGUCCAGAUAUCCCCGGAUUCCUUCUACAGCCGUUCAGAAAACCGAAAAGAAUCAGGACGGCGUUCAGUCCCAGUCAACUUCUGAAGCUCGAACACGCUUUUGAGAAAAAUCACUACGUCGUUGGGGCGGAAAGAAAACAAUUGGCGCAGGCUCUUUCGUUGACGGAAACACAGGUGAAGGUCUGGUUCCAGAACCGGCGGACGAAGCAUAAGCGGAUGCAGCAGGAGGAGGAGGCCAAGGCGCAGCAGCAAUCCGGGGGCAACGGCAACAACGGAGCAAACAAGAACACCCAUCACGUCAGCAAGUGGCAGCAGGAGACGGGCGACUACCACCAGGACGAGGACGAACACAUCGAUCCGGAGAACGACGAGUGCUCGAGCGGUUCCGAAGCGUAGCUAGACGUCCUUUGCCUGGACUAGAUCGAGGCCUCAGAGAUCCGGCGAGUCCUUUGAAUUUUGGAUGACGGACGCGUGCGCGAGCUCGACCAAUUUUCCCGGGGAAAAACUGAAGGAAGGGGCGUAGAUUCGACUGCAGGAGGACGAGGACGAUCGUAUAAUGCUCAAGGAGCGUGCUUCCUCCGGAUAUUGUGUUUUCGGUGCAGUGAAAUUCGAUGACCCGAACCUAUCGAGGAAAGGGCUGUCAGAGUUUCUUACGAUCAGGUGAUCAGGAGCUUCGUCGGUUAAGGGGAUGGAGUGUCGCGUCGUCGCGCCGAAAAACGACUACAAAUUUUCACCUUCGGUAUUUUCAUACUUCUUUCUGCCUACCUUCGACCGAAGCGAUGAAUUUUUAAGGUCACCCUCGCGAAUCGAGGAAAAACGCUCUUCGUACCUAACUACACAAUUAUCUCUUGCCAUGUCGUAUUCGCCAUAUUAUUAUGAGAAAUCGAAUAAACUGUACAAUGCGUGACCUAAACUUGAAUAUGCAAAUCGAUCACUUUUAGCGAUUGUAAAUAUAAAGAAGUUACGUUCUGCGCAAUUGAUCCGUGUGCGUGUGUCGUGUGACCGUUUAUCGUUCUACACUCGAUUAAAUUUUUAGUACAUAAAUAUAUAUAUAUA